CUUGAGAACAAAAUCAGCUUUGAAAAACUUACAGAGUGGACCAGUCCCAAUGUGAUGGAAAAGAAGAGAGUGAAAGUGUACCUCCCACGCAUGAAGAUUGAGGAAAGAUAUAACCUCACGUCUGUCUUAAUGGCCUUGGGUAUGACCGACCUGUUCAGCCCUUCGGCCAAUCUGUCUGGCAUCUCUUCAGCAGAGAGCCUGAAGAUAUCUGAGGCCAUCCAUGAGGCGUACAUGGAAGUCAAUGAAGAGGGCACCGAGAUGGCAGGCUCAGUGGGUGUCAUGGGAGACAUCAAACAUUCUUCUGCCUUUGAAGAAUUCAGGGCUGACCACCCUUUCCUUUUCUUGAUCAAACACAAUCCAACCAACAGCAUCCUCUUCUUUGGUAGAUAUUGUUCCCCCUAA